CAUCAUCAACACCCACAAAUGCAGAUGAGCUUGACCCCACGCCAGUUCCAAAGGGCUCAAGGCUCGCCUAUUGCCACACCCCCGACGCCUCGCCUCCCGAAGACUGACGCUUGAGCUCAACCUUGCAUGGCAAUCUACUCCAGACCAAGCGGAUGCACUUAUGCAAUAUAUGCAGUACACCGCCCACAUGCCAGCAUCCCACUACUAGCAUAACGACAUCCCGCCUUGCCCUGCGACCCCUGUUACCGCAUAUACGCUUCCACCAUGUCCACGUCCGAACAACUUCAAGCCCUGCAAGGCAUGGCGCCGGGAUGCCCACAGCCUCCGCACACACCCCUGCCAGGGCUCUCUGCCUUCAUUCUUGCUGCUCUCACUCCCCCUUCGUCAACUCACUCUGUACUGGCACGUCGUACCUUGCGUGGUUCUAUGUCGACAUCCUAGCACCAGCACGCCUUGGAGCUAGUUCAAGCUCAGCCAUAGCCAUGGGGGAGUACCUCAAUCUCAUCCGUCUAGACGGAUGGGCUGCCAGGCCCCCCUUCGUCAUGCACCUGGGCCAACGGGGAACUCGACAUCAUCUCCACCUCUCGUGCUUUGCCAUGGCGCUUCGUUCAUAUAAGUCGUCGUCUGGUCCUUGCUAGAAUAAUCGUCCGAGCCUCAGAUCGUUCAUCCAAAGAUAGACUUCUUAUUCUAGCCUCUAAUUCUCACCACCGCAAUCUGUGUGCAAACGCGACGCCCGACGCAAAGCUACAAGCCAAACACUUCUCGCUUUCUUCUGCUUGACCAUCUCUGCGACCAGAACUGUCACUGCUUUUGCCUCGACUUCUUGGUUUCUUGCCGGUCUAUGCCACCGGACGUUCUUGUAUGAUAAACCUUUCCUAUUAAUGGCAUUCGUCGCUCCUAAGCGGCUCCUUUUUUCGUGAUCGGAGCACUUACACCAAGUUUAGCUGCUGAACAAAGCG